AUGGCUGAAUUCCAGCAAGGACGUCGUUGCAAAAAUGAAGUUCCAACGCCAAACAUUUUGAGAGUCACCGCUCCAGGUGCCGAGUAUGUGUGUUUCGAAGGGGUUACUUUGCGAAAUGGUCAGACGCUGAAAGACCAAUCGACAGUGGCCCAAGUACAAUCGAUAUGGAUACCAGAUUGCCAGGCACCCGUCAAGGCGGUCAUUGUGUUGAAACAAUGCUCCAUUGGCCGCUUGGUCCCACGUUAUGGCAUGCGAGAAAUCAAACGAACUGAACAUCAGUUUACGCGCAGCGUAAAGGAGGUGGUCACCGUGCUCAACGUGCAGCAUAACUGUCACAAAGGCCAGUGUGAGGUCACUAUGUCCCAGACCAAGAUGAUCGAGCGCAAGAUAUGUGACGUUAUGGUCUCUGGAAUAACUCAUGCAAAGACGUCUUCAUUUAUUCUCAAUUCCGCCGCGCAUUACUCUGGAGAACUUCAUCGACGAAUUGCCAACACAAAACUAACCGCGGUCACGCCAGAACAAUGGAAUACAACAAUUGCUCAUGGCUUGGAUGUAUGGCAUGAUGUACCCCGGCAAAAGAAGAAGGAAAAACAAGCAGCAAAUCAAACAAAUCAUCUUGACACCGAAAGCGAGGUUGAACAAUAA